CUCCCAUCGUCAUUCCUCGUCCUAGCUCACUACCCUGCCCCGUGGAACCCCUCCGACCGUCCACCAGUCCACUGAUUUCAUCCUGAACACAUCAUUCCCCACCACCCGGUGAGUCCUUUCGAGCAACCUCAGGCCCUGCUGCCCCUCCAUCUCCCCCUCUCCAACCCUCCUAGCGAGUCGCUGCCCCUCCUUCCCGUGCCCCGUGCCCGUCAUUCCAAUCUGCAGCUCCGUAUUCGUCGCUCGGUAAAGCUCUUAGUCCUCUGCUGGCAGAAUUUAUUACUUGCUACCCCCUCGCUCCCCCUCUGCUCCUCCUCUCUCCUCUUCUCCUCCUCCUCCUCCAUCUACCCACGCAAUUCAAUUACUCAUCUCUUCCCCCUCCCACAGUCCUCACUUCCAACUACAGCCACCAUGGGUGUCCUCGAGAAGCUCUCCCGCAAGUCCGGUGUCAUCGUCGGCGAUGACGUCCUCCGUCUCUUCGAGUACGCUAAGGAGAAGCAGUUCGCUAUCCCCGCCAUUAACGUGACCUCCUCCUCCACUGUUAUCGCUUCCCUCGAGGCUGCUCGUGACCAGAACUGCCCCGUCGUUCUGCAGCUGUCCAACGGUGGUGCUGCCUACUUCGCUGGCAAGGGUGUCAGCAACGAGGGCCAGAAGGCCUCCAUUGCCGGUGGCAUUGCCGCUGCCCACUACAUCCGCAGCAUUGCCCCCGCCUACGGUAUCCCCGUUGUCCUCCACACCGACCACUGCGCCAAGAAGCUCCUGCCCUGGCUCGAUGGUCUGCUCGACGAGGAUGAGCGCUACUUCAAGCUCCACGGCGAGCCCCUCUUCUCCAGCCACAUGAUCGACCUGUCUGAGGAGGAAGUCGAGUACAACAUCAACACCACCGCCGCCUACCUCAAGCGUGCUGCCCCCAUGAAGCAGUGGCUCGAGAUGGAAAUCGGUAUCACCGGUGGUGAGGAGGACGGUGUCAACAACGAGGACGUUGACAACAACUCCCUGUACACCCAGCCCGAGGACAUCCUCGCCAUCCACAACGCCCUCUCCGCCGUCAGCCCCUACUUCUCCAUUGCCGCUGGUUUCGGUAAUGUGCACGGUGUCUACAAGCCCGGCAACGUCCGUCUCCACCCCGAGCUCCUCUCCAAGCACCAGGCCUACGUCAAGGAGCAGACCAAGUCCUCCCUCGACAAGCCCGUCUUCUUCGUCUUCCACGGUGGCUCUGGCUCCUCCAAGGCCGAGUACAAGGAGGCCAUUAGCUACGGUGUCGUCAAGGUCAACGUCGACACCGACAUGCAGUUCGCCUACCUGUCCGGUAUCCGUGACUUCGUCCUGACCAAGAAGGACUACCUCCUCACCCCCGUCGGCAACCCCGAUGGCGAGGACAAGCCCAACAAGAAGUACUUCGACCCCCGCGUCUGGGUUCGCGAGGGUGAGAAGACCAUGAGCAAGCGUGUCCAGGAAGCCCUGGAGGACUUCAACACUGCUGGCCAGCUGUAAAGGGUCUUUUGACGUUUAACCUGAAUUGAUGUGUCUUCGGAAUAUGACGAAACCAGAUACCAGUACAUAAAAUGACCAAUCUAAGAACGGCAAAAAAUAAAAUUUUGUUUGAC